UUGUGGAAGGGGUAUACCAGUAUCUCUCGCCCGCUCAUCUAUUCUUACAUUAGUGUAUAUCGAUACGUUUUACAAGUACAGUGACGCCUACACUAUUAGUGAAGUACAGUGGAACCUCGAUAAGUCGGCCCCCGAUAACCCGGAGGUCCGGCUAACCCGGACCGAUUUUCAUCAGACAAACAUUUCAACAAUAAAAAUGUAUGUAUUAUGUUAAAACAUUUUAUCUGUAGCCGCUUCUGGAAUGUCUUAAAAAUAUCGAGUUUCAUUGAUAAAACUUGGCUUGGACCAUAAUAUAAUAUUUGAGAGAUAAUGGGUAUUCGUAAUUUGAACUAUACGGUAAAAAUGACUCAUGGCACACGGCGGUAGCGGCGGCAGAGCGACGAUCAUUAUCCAUUAUCGGGCUAUCACAAACAACAGGCACCUUUUAUUCCUUUAUUUAUUUUCAACUGUCUUUUAAAAAAUUAUUUUUAGAACAAUGGUCUUUUAAACUUUAAACAAUGAAAGAGUUUUUUUACCUAGAAAUGAACAAUACUCUAUCUAUACUGUAUAUGCUAUAUUCUAUAUACAAUAUACAACUAUAAUAGGUAAGUUAGUUAGAUGUGUACUGUGCAUCUAUAUUUCAUGUUAUUUUAAAUAUAACGGACUUUAUCUAUAAGUAUACCGUAUUUUAUUAAUUUUUACAAUGCUCUCCGGCUAACCCGGAUUUUCGAUAACCCGGAUCGGCCGCGGUCCCGAUUAAUCCGAGUUAUCGAGGUUCCACUGUACCUGUAAAUGAGAACAGCUUCGUAAAUAUUACGAAGUGUGAAAUAUGAAUACGAAAAAGAUAGACAUGCACAGACCUCUCACGCAGCGGGAGUUGGAAGCUGAGUUGCAAUUGCGCCUGGAAGAAAUUUGGCAAGAUGAAUCGGAUAACAAUUCUGAUAAAUCAGAAAGUGGAUCUGAAACAGAAGAUGUCGUUUUAGAAGCAUUCAGUCCAUCUGAAUCAGAGUUCGAACCACCAAGCGAAAAUGACUCAGAUUCCGACCAUGACUUGCCAUCCACUAGUAAGAAAAGAAAAAGAAGUUCUAAAAAGAGUAACGGGUUGAAAAAACACUUUACUUCAGUGUUUCCAGGAAAAGAAAGUAAUGGGUCUAAAAUCGACAAGGAAAAGACAUGUCCUGUUCAGAAAACUCCACCAAAUGAAGAAGAAUCUCUAGAAAUUGCAGCUAAAGAGAAGCAAACAAAAAGAAAAGAAGAAACAGAAGAUGACGUUUUAGAAGAAUUUAGUCCUUCUGAAUCAGAGUUCGAACCUUCAAGCGAAAAUGACUCAGAUUCCGACCAUGACUUGCCAUCCACUAGUAAGAAAAGAAAAAGAAGUUCUAAAAAGAGUAAUGGGUUGGAAAAGGAGUUUACUUCAGUGUUUCCAAGAAAAGACAAUAAUUACUCUAAAAUUGACAAGGAAAAGAAAUGUCCUGCUCAGCAAACUCCACCAAAAGAAGAAGAAUCUCCAGACAUUGCAGCUAAAGAGAAGCAAACUCGGUUGCCGUCGAGUCUAAAAGGUAAAAAUGGACACAGAUGGUCCUCUCAACCAAAGGCCGCUACUAAAACUCCAAAACGUAAUUUCGUACAUUUUGUUCAAGGCCCCACUGAUAAAUUUUGGAAUAUGUUUGUAGAACAAUUUUAA